UAGGUUUCAUUAAGGUUAUUCUAACUGAUAUCUCCCUCCUACACAUUAAUGUAUGUAUAAAAGUUCUUACGCAUGCUUGUUAUAUUUUGCGUGCAAUGACGCACACGAACAGGCCAUAUUUGCUGUCAUAUUAACUAAGUAUGAUAGCAGGACGUAUAUAGUGAGACCCGAGAUUGGCUAUUGUUGCAAAGAUUGCCAUGAAGGGCCUCGGAUAGCUAUUGAAAUGAAGUUGUUCUUGAGUAAGCAGAGCCUAGUCUUUAGUUUAUAUCAGACUGGAAUGUUCAUAAAGGACAUGUUUUAUGUCGUUUAUCUUUCCUCUGUACGCCUAUACAAUUCCGUAACUCGAAAUGUAUAUUCAUGUUAAGCUUUCAAGAUAGAUAUAUAAUGUCAGCACUAGUGGUAUAUAUACACUUUGUCAUUGUUAUCUGUAGAAAAGAAGGGCAGUCAUUUCAGUCAAAAAUUAACAGUAAAAAACUCAGAUUAAUGUUCAUUGAAUUUUACACUGUCGAAUACAUGCGUGAAGGACGUAGGUUUACGAGAGAUCUAGUCUGGCAAAUGUACGUCAUAUCCUAAGGACCUAAUUAUUGACGAAGCAAUGACAACAUAACAUCUAUUUUUGUUUUGUGCAUCUCUGUCUUCAAUAUUAGAGUUACAUUGAUUCUACGUUUAGCUCCACGUCAUAUUUUGUGACUGUGUCUACAUCACAGGAAAUAUUUGGCUUCUGCUUUUGAGUUAUUCAUACCGAUGGCUUCGACGUCAUACAAAAAGUAGCCUCGAACGAGAAGAAAUAAGAAGAGGAUCUCCCGUGGUAUCGUUUACCCCGCGUAUUAUGAAAACCGAAGUGGCGAGUUGUGAGGAUUUGACAAAGUUGCAACCAUCACAGCAUUAUCAGAAGGGGCAUGUUAGAUCAUCAUCGACGAGCCCUAAUCCAUCAAUUGUUAGAUUUCGAAAAAAGAAAACACUUAAAAAACCGAGCGAAACGCGACCAAAAUCUCUAGUUGUAAUGAACAGCAUGAGCAUGAGAAAGAAUAGCUCGGUUCCCGAGAAUGGACUGCCCUUGACUGAAGCUUUGAACGAUAAAAAAGUAAAAGUAGGAUUUCGAAUAUUCCUGGAAUCAGAAUUUAGCGUUGAAAAUCUUGAUUUCUGGAUAGCGGCUGAAGAAUACAGAAAAAUUAAAAAUAACGAAGCAAGACGGGAAAGGAUGCGCGAAAUUUACGAAGAAUAUAUAUCUCCAGGAGCUCUUAAUCAGAUAAACCUCGAUCAUUUUACUCGUCAACAAAUCAUUCAACAUAUGGCUACCGACACUACAUCAAGUAUCGAUACUUUUACUGGAGCCCAAAGAUAUGUUUUCAACAUCAUGGAAAACGAUUCUUACGCCCGUUUCGUUCGUUCGAAAUAUUAUGAUCUAUGUAGCAGUCCAGGACGAAGAUCGCCACGGCAAUUUUUGCACGAUAUUCUCCAUAGCGGAAAAUCACGCGAUCGGUCUCCGUCGCCGAACAGGAAAGGAACGACUGCGAAAUACACUGCAAUAAAUAUAAAUAACUGCAACAACAUUGAUACAUCUUUGAGAGAAUGUUCUUACACAAUUUCAUUUCCAAUUUAUGAAAAUGAGAAUCAAAAUGAUUCAACAUUUAAAUACUGCAGCGCAAAUUUAUCUAACCGUGUUCCCAAAAGGCGUUUUUUCUGUGCAUGUUUACCAAUCGAUCAAGACAUAUGAGUCUGUAAUAAUAGACUCAGUUUAUGUUAGAUUUGUCUAGAAGAUUUUAAAAUUUAAUUUCAUAAACUUUUGCACAAAAAAAAUCAACGUAAUCUUGCUGUACUUGUUUGUAACUGUCUUCAAUAAUUUGUUAUUAAUUAGGAAACGCAUUGUAUGUUGAUACAAAUAAUAUUGCAACAACAUAUGCGAUUAAAUAAUUGAAUUUUACCAAAACUCUGAAAUAUUAUUCGAGAUAUUGCUUCCAAAUCUGGAAAGUCGGUUUUCGGGAAUCAGAUUGUCUUUUUUGUUUAACAGUGCACGCAACUGAUCAAACACACAAUAAAACUUACCUAUUUAAA